UUUAUUGAAGAUCCAAACUUUAUGAUAUUGUAUGCAUAUAUCUAUUUCUAUUUCUUGAUUUUGCAUGUUCUGUUUUCUUGAAAUCUUAGAUCAUAUUUUAGAAAUCCUAAUUAAAGCCCUAGCUUCAUGUUGAAUUCUUGGAAGGUUUUCAAGAUAUUGGUUUGUUUGAAGAUUAGUAUACAUUGAAAUUCCAAAGUUUAUCAAUUGUAUGCAUAUAUCGAUAUCUAUAUAUUUAGUGCUAUAGAUAGAAUGGAUAAUAAUUAUAAUCCAUAUCCGUAUGGUUACCCUGCCCCUAAUUCUGCACCAUAUCCACCCCCUGCAAAUUAUCCUCAAUAUCCACCUCCUUCAAGUUAUCCUCCAAAUUCAUCUCCAUAUCCACCUCCUUCAAGUUAUCCUCAAUACCCACCUCCAAAUUCAGCUCCUUUUUCGCCAUAUGGACCGUAUCAACCAUCAGCACCACAUCCUGCUCAGCCAGAGUAUGGUUACCCUUCUCCACAACCUUAUCCUGGUGUUCCUGGUGUCCCGCCUCCGUAUCAGUAUCCGGGGUAUGGGUACCCCCCACCACAACAUCAUCAAGAAAGUUCUGCCCCUCCCUUACCACCUGCAGUCAUUCAAUCAAAUAAUUAUCACUAUCACCACGAGAUUGGCACUGUUGAUGGUGUUGGGAGCAAUGUUGCCUCUAACCGCCCUUCGUUUAGUGACGAUGGUUAUUCGACAAGUAGCUCAACACCCUUAUACCCUCAUAUAGAUCAACAUUUUGGUAAUUUGUCUAUGUCGGAGAAUGUUCCCUCUGCCCCUGCGUCUCCACCUGCACCAGCUGCGGCUGCAGGUGCGGUAGGAAUGGCAACACUACCACCUACUGCUCCAAUAUAUCAAAGUGUGAGUGCGAAAUAUGAGUAUGAUAGUUUUCAUGGGCAUCGUCCUAGUGAUUCCUUUUCGAGUUUUGAAGGGUCUCUUUCUCAUAGUAGCUCCCUUGAUUUGUCUCAACAUCCUAACUUUGGACAUGCACCUUCAUUUAUUGAUCCGAACAACCAACAAUAUCAAAUGGUUUCGUUAACGCCUUCUAAAAAGGCGUUAAAAGUUUUACUCUUACAUGGGAAUUUAGAUAUAUGGAUUCAUGAAGCGAAAAACCUUCCAAAUAUGGAUAUGUUUCAUAAAACCAUGGGGGAAGUUUUUAAUAGAUUGCCAGGAAACAAAAAUAAGAUAACUAGUGAUCCAUACGUCUCUAUCGCUGUAACAACUGCAGUGAUUGGAAGAACUUACGUCAUUAGUAAUAGUGAGAAUCCUGUUUGGAAGCAACAUUUUAACGUCCCUGUUGCACAUCAUGCUGCUGAAGUUCAUUUUCUUGUUAAAGAUAGUGAUGUUGUCGGGUCUCAGCUUAUUGGAAUCGUAGCUAUUCCCGUUGAACAAAUAUACUCAGGAACUAGAGUUGAAGGAUUUUUUCCACUAAUAAAUACAAAUGGAAAACCGUGUAAGAAUGGAGCGGGUUUGGGACUUACAAUUCAAUACUUUUCAAUGGACAAACUGAGCUUAUAUCAUAACGGUGUUGGAGCUGAUCCUCAGUAUUUUGGAGUUCCGGGAACUUAUUUUCCAUUGAGGCGAGCUGGAAGGGUGACAUUAUAUCAAGAUGCACACGUCCACGAAGGGAGUCUCCCAGAUUUCAAGCUUGAUCAAGGUGCACACUAUGUGCACGGGUCUUGUUGGAACGACAUAUUUGAAGCAAUUAGUAAGGCCCGGCAUCUUAUCUAUAUCACAGGAUGGUCGGUAUGGCACAAAGUAAAAUUACUCCGUGGGGUGGCUAAUGCAUCUGAAUAUACCCUUGGAGAACUUUUGAAACUGAAAUCACAAGAAGGUGUGAGAGUUUUGCUUCUCGUUUGGGAUGAUCCUACUUCUCGGAACAUUUUGGGCUAUAAAAUAGAUGGACUCAUGGCUACCCAUGAUGAAGAAACUCGGAAUUUUUUUAAGCAUUCUUCAGUUCAGGUACUGCUUGUUACUCGUAUGGCUGGAAAAAGACACAGCUGGAUGAAGAAGCAGGAAGUUGGUGCUAUUUAUACACACCACCAGAAAACCGUGAUUGUUGAUACCGAUGCAGGAUUUGGUAAAAGAAGAAUUCUAGCUUUUGUUGGAGGACUUGACCUAUGUAAUGGCCGAUAUGAUUCCCCUCAACAUCCCUUGUUUAGAACCCUACAGACCGUGCAUGCAGAGGACUUCCAUAAUCCUACUUUCACGACUAAUCUUGAGGGCUGUCCACGAGAACCAUGGCACGACAUGCAUAGUAAAAUUGAUGGUCCAGCAGCAUAUGAUGUGAUGACCAACUUUGAAGAGCGAUGGCUAAAGGCUUCAAAACCUCAUGGUUGGAGAAAACUGAAGACUUCAUAUGAUGAUGCUUUGCUCAGAAUAGAAAGAGUGCCAGAUCUUUUGGGCAUAAAUGAUCAACCUACCCUUAAUGACCAAGACCCGGAAGGGUGGCAUGUACAGAUAUUCCGUUCAAUUGAUUCAAACUCCGUUAAAGGUUUCCCAAAGGAUCCAAAGGAAGCUACUGCAAAGAAUUUGGUAUGUGGGAAGAAUGUGAUGAUUGAUAUGAGCAUACAUUCGGCGUAUGUGAAAGCUAUCCGUUCUGCCCAGCAUUUCAUUUAUAUCGAGAAUCAAUACUUUAUUGGAUCAUCAUACAACUGGACUUCAUAUAGAGACUUGGGUGCCAACAAUUUGAUUCCUAUGGAGAUAGCACUUAAAAUUUCUAGUAAAAUCAGAGCACAUGAAAGAUUUGCUGUAUAUAUUGUCAUACCUAUGUGGCCGGAGGGUGUCCCUACAGGCUCUGCUACACAACGUAUUCUAUUUUGGCAGAACAAGACGAUGCAAAUGAUGUAUGAGACCAUUAACAAGGCUUUGGUAGAAGUUGGGCUCGAGGGGGAAUUUUCACCUCAAGAUUAUUUGAAUUUUUUUUGUCUUGGGAAUCGUGAAGCCAUUGAUCCACUAGAUAAGUUAGGGGAUGAGAGCCCUGCCACAGGAAAUACUCCCCAGGGACUUUCUCGUAAGAGCAGGCGAUUCAUGAUCUAUGUUCAUUCGAAAGGCAUGAUAGUUGAUGACGAGUAUGUAAUUAUCGGAUCUGCAAAUAUUAAUCAACGCUCUAUGGAGGGAACACGAGACACAGAGAUUGCAAUGGGAGCCUACCAACCUAAUCAUACUUGGGCAACCAAACUAUCCAAUCCACGAGGGCAGGUAUAUGGAUACCGAAUGUCACUUUGGGCCGAGCAUCUUGGCCUUGUUGAUGACCGUUUUGCGCAGCCAGAAUCCAUCGAGUGUGUAAGACAUGUGAGAUCGUUAUCUGAAGCUAACUGGAAGCAAUUCGCAGCUGAUGAUGUAACAGAAAUGAGGGGCCAUCUUUUGAAAUAUCCUGUUGAGGUGGAUCUAAGAGGCAAGGUAAAACCUCUUCCAGGACAUGAAAAUUUCCCAGAUGUAGGCGGUCGAAUCGUCGGGUCAUUCCUUGGCAUUCAAGAGAAUUUGACAAUUUGAUUUUUGUUUUAUGAACAAUUUUGACCUUCUUAUGAUAAGGAGUUUUUGGAUUUUCAGUUUUUGAUAGUUGUAUAGUGUUUACCCCGUGCAGUUGUUGCAAUUUGCAAAUAGUUUGAUCUUCAUGUUGUGUUUACAGAUAUGUGUAUGUAAGACUACCUUUCUUUUUAUGGAAAUACAUCUCCAUGUAUAUAUUUCUUUUCGAA